CCGCGGCUCCAGCGGCUGCGAGGCGCGCCGGGGCGGAGGCUCGGCGAGGGCACAGCCAUGACCCUGCGGGCGGGGGGCGCUCGGCUGCUCUGCGGCCUCCUGCUCUUCGGUCUGCUGGCUGCGGGCGCCGCGCCGCUCAGCUGGGAUUCCCCGGAGCCCCGCAGCCGGGCCAGCAAGAUCCGAGUGCACCCACGGGGCAACCUCUGGGCCACCGGUCACUUCAUGGGCAAGAAGAGUCUGGAAACCCUCAGCCCAUUCCCCUUGGGGACAGCUCCCCACGUGUCCCUGAGAGACCAGAGACAACAGCUGAGUCACGAUCUGCCCAGGAUCCUCCUGCUAAAGAAAGUUCUGGGCAUGAGCCUCACCGGCCCAGCACCUCACCCCCAGGAGGCUGCUGCUGCUGAAGUGACACCACUAAUGAGAAAGAUACGACAGCGUGGCUUAGACCGUGCCCAUCCAGGGCAGGAGCUGAACGGGACGCUGGCAGUGACCCCAUCUGGACGUAAAACCUGGGCUCAAAUCUCUGUUGCUCCGUCAGUGUGAUUUCUGGUUGUGUCACCAGGAACAUUGCCAAUGCAGACACACAUUAUGUCCCUGCUGUAUUUCUUGCUUCCCUGUUGAAGUCGUGAAUAAAACCCAGCCUUUUACGGAGAA